GGAAAUGGCAAGGCCAGCUAAAGGUUGCAGUGCAAACCUCCUGCAAGGCAGCGACGUCGAUCUCGCGACCCGUUUGCUAGAAAACUCGUCUCCGUCUAGAUUAGUAGUCGCGUGCCGCGAGGACGUGGCGAGUUUGCUGUUCAGACCUCGCACACUCCAUAGGCUUUCGAUGCUUGUUGGGUGCAUGGGCGUUCACUUCUUGUUGGAAGGACUUGCACUGGGGCUGCAGGCAAAUCUAACGACUACGAUUAGGCUGGCGGUCGGAGUGUACGUACACGGGGCGCUUGUGCUGACUGCAGUUGGCCUGAGCUUGGGAGGGAGCAGUUUGCCAGUCUGCACAGUCGCGAAGAUGGGGUUGGCACUGGCUUCCGCAGCUCCGUUCGGACAGAUGUUGGGCAUGGCAUUUGGAACCGAUAUUGGGCACGUCGGCAAGGCAGUGGUUCAUGCGCUCACCACAGGAACCUUCUUCCACGUCCUGUUUGUCGAGAUCCUGCCCGUCGAGAUGGGCAGCCUCGAAAACAGGCAGCCCAAGGUGACGAGCUUGAUUGCAGGCUUUGCCCUUGCGACGGCCACCAGCUUUGCGUCCAAUCGGACACUGGUUCGUCGUUUCUUGACAUAAACCGCUUGUUUCUG